AUGUGCACCACCAACGUCUACACCUACGUCUACUCAGACGGCCACAAGGAACAGUCUCGCCAGCCCGUCCUCUGCUCCGCAUCUCGCAACGGCAAAGUCUGCUCCCAGAACGUCGUCUUCCAGCACCCCAACCAGUAUAUCCAGCACACCGGCUCAGCUCUGGGAACCUCACCGAGCUCUCCCUACCUCAGCCAGUUCCCGCCAACGCCCACAUACAGCCCGCGAUCCGGCACACCAAACUACCGAUCCGGUGACGAGUCCGACCGAUCGCGCCACAGCAGCUCAUCAAGCUCACGGCGGCGUCGCUCUUCCAGCCUCUACAUCAACGGACAGAAUGUUAUCGACCUGAACCGCCACGACGGAAGCCCACGGCGCGAGCGCAUUGUCUUGGUUGAAGGCCCGCCCACCCCGAGAACCCCUCCUACGGCAUUCAGCUUCGCCAACUUUGCGCCUCCGUCUCCCAAUGCCAGCGCCAAUGCCUCUGCCUCUCCCUCUGUCUACGGCUCUUCUCCCCGGGACUCAAACUCCAGCUUCUCUCGCCGCCCAGUCAUUGUCGAUGACCGGGCCCGCGCUGAGCGUGUCGAGCGAGUGGAGCGACCUCGCAUCGAGAUUGAGAUAGUCGAGGCCGCUCCUUCUUCACACCGAACAUCCAAACACGACCGCCACUCUUCCACCAGCUCGCGCGAGAGCCACGGACGGAACAGCGCCGAUGACGAAGAGACUUCACGGCGCCGCCGCGAGCGAGAGGAGCGACGAGUUGAGAAGGAGCGCGAGGAGGAGGAGGAGCGACAGCGUCGCAUCCGCCUUCGCAUCGCCAAAGCCAAUGCUGAGAUCAACAAGCGCCCUCCAGUGCCGAUGCCGCCUGCACCACUGCGCGCAUCUUCCUUCAAGAACGCUAGCGCUGACGACUCGGUGAAGAAGCUGGCGGAGGGUGUCCGGCGCAUGAGCUUUGAGGAGGAGCGCCGCGAGGAAAAGGCCCGCCACCUCGCUCGCAAACAGGAGCGUCGCGAGGAGGAGGAGACCCAGCGCCUUGAAGACGAAGCCCAGCGCCAGCGCCUGGCCGAUCGCAUCAGCAUGCCACGGCGCCGCUCCACAGUCGGAGGCAGCCGCCGGCACCGCGUCGUCUACGAGGAUGGCGUUGUCUACCGACUUGAGUAG